GUUCAUGGUGCAACAAGACUUCAUAUGGAGAACCAGACUUUAGGAGAGGGGGACCUGCUCCUGGAGGGGUUAAAGGUCUCGUCCCAGUCCACCAUCCCCUCCUUCAUCGUCCUCCUCCUCAUCUACGUCUUUGCGUUGGUGUCCAACAUCAGCCUGGUGGUGCUGAUCUUCACCAGCAGGAGCCUCCACCAGCCCAUGUACCUGCUCUUCUGCAACAUGAGCAUCAACGACGUCUUCGGUGCGACGAUCGUCACGCCGCACAUCCUCAGAGACAUCUUCAGACCGCCUUCAGAGCGCUUCAUCCGCUACAUCGACUGCGCUGCUCAGGCUUUCUGCGUCCACCUGUACGCCACCACCACCCACACGGUGCUCAUGAUCAUGGCCUUCGACCGCUACAUGGCCAUCUGCAACCCCCUGCGGUACGCCUCCAUCAUGACCAACCGGAUGGUGGCGGUGCUGUCUGCGGCGGCCUGGCUGGUGGCCUUCACCAUCGUCGCCGUCCUCGUGGGGCUCAGCCUGCGGCUGUCGCGCUGCCGGCGGGUCAUACCCAACCCGUUCUGCGACAACGCCUCCUUGUUCAACCUCUCCUGUGAGAACGUCCUCCUCAACCACGUCGUCGGCCUCGGCAUCACCGUGGUCGUCCUGGGCUCCUCCAUCUUCAGCGUGACGCUCACCUACCUGAAGAUCGCCGCUGUGUGCGUUCGCAGUAAAAACAAGGCGCUGAACAGCAAAGCGCUGCAGACCUGUGCCACCCACCUGGCCGUGUACGUCUUCCUCCUGGUGUCGGCGCUCAUCAUCAUCACGCUGCACCGCUUCCCUCGGAUGUCAGACUACAGGAAGGUGGUGUCCGUCCUUUGUGAGGUCACUCUGCCGGCCUUCAACAGCGUCAUCUACGGGCUCCAGAUCAAAGAGAUCAAGCAGAGGAUCAUCUCUUUGUUCCACAGCAGCAAAGCGGCUCGGAUGAAAUGA